GAGAUAAUAGAACUUUUUCGUGCUGGGAUGCCUUUACGGAAGCAUCGGUGUCGCUUCAAAAGCUACGAGCGUUGCUUCAAAGCCUCGGAGGCAGUGGACUGUUUGCAUGAACUGCUUGGCUCAAAUCAAAACUUUGGCCCAGAAGUGACUCGCAAUCAAACAGUUAAGCUGCUCAAAAAAUUCCUGAAAAAUCAUGUUAUUGAAGAUAUUAAAGGAAGAUGGGGCAAAGAAGACUUUCAAGAUGAUGGGCAUUUAUAUAGAUUUCCUCCUUCCUCGCCACUGAAGCCAUAUCCAAAGAAACUCUCAUGUGGAAAGGAAGUCAUUAAAUUUCCAGACUGGGAUGAACCGAAGGCUGGCACUUCCCAAGAGCACAUCCCAGUGAAAUCGCUCACAAUGAACUCUGAGAUGUGGUACAAGCGCCAUAGUAUAGCUAUAGGGGAAGUACCAGCAUGCAAACUUGUAUUCCGCAGAGAGCUAACGCAAACAAAUAUAGAAGAGAUAUGGAAAUCCAUGACUUUGUCACGGUUACAGAAGGUCUUGGGUUUGGAUUCUCUGGAUGAAGUGUUAGACACAAAACUUGUGAAUUCAAAGCAUAUAGUCCAAAAUGCGUACAAUGUCAAUAAGCUAGGUAUUGUCACUUUAGAAGACAAAUCAAAGGAACUACCUCACUGGAUAUUAUCAGCAAUGAAAUGUCUAGCAAAUUGGCCCAGCUGCUCAGAUUUGAAGCAGCCUACAUACUCGGGAUUUGAAAGAGAUGUCUUCAAAACUAUAGUGGACUACUUUGGCCAAAUGAAGGAACCUCUUCUCACAUUUCAUUUAUUUGAUGUUUUUGUUAGUGUGUUAGGUCUGCUGCAAAAGCACAGCAAGGCUGUAGAGGCUCUUCAGAUAUCUUGUCUCCUGCUGCCACCAGAAAAUCGGAAAAGACUACAGCUGUUGGUGAGGAUGAUGGCAAGAAUUAGCUUUAACAAGGAUUUGCCACCUCUUUCUGAAUCAGUGAGGACCAGAAUCUUGAUGGUUCAGGCAUUUUCCCGUUGUAUUCUCUGCUCAAAGGAUGAGAUGGACUUGGAUGAACUGCUAGCUACUAAACUAGUAUCUUUUCUCAUGGACAAUUAUCAAGAGAUCUUAAGUGUUCCUUCAACCUUAAAAUCUUCAAUAGAGGAACAUGUUGUACAUCUCCAGAGAGUACAAAUAAAAUAUGCUGGAGCUGAUACUGAUGCAACUUUUCCUCCUCCAUCAUUUUGUCACCAAAUCAGUACAGAUGAAUUUGAAUACCAAAGGGCAACUGGCUCUCAAGAACCACUGGAAGCUUUAUUGGAAGAAAUUGCAAUGAAUAAAGAAAUAUCUGUGAAAGAUAAGAAGAAGCAGCUGAAGCAAUUUCAGAAAUCUUACCCUGAAGUGUAUAGAGUACGGUUUCCUACCCCUGAAACUGAAGCGGUGCUAUUUCCAGAAAAAAAUAAACAGAAGCCACCAAUACUGAUGUGGGCCUUAAAAAAGCCUUUUCAACCAUUUCACAGAACCAGAAGCUUUCGAAUGUAAAUGGUUUGACAUACAUCAGCGAACUGAGUCAGACCAUAUUAUCAAUGGAUCUUAUGCAAAAGGAGCCUGAGCAGCAUGUAGUUACUCAAAAAACUACUGGAAAUACUGCCAAGAUGGUAGAAAAGCUCAAAAGAAGAGGAAGGUAUUGAGGUGGUAGAAAUGUGAGCCAUUAGCAGUAUUUUUGUAAAUCAUUAUUUUUUUAAAUGUCUGUUAUUUAAAAACAA